UUUUCACUCGAAGUGCCAGUGUGUGUUGAAGUGGGUACCGAAUAAACCUAAAUGUUCCGUAUUACUGCCAACCGUUUUCCAAUGCUCCUUCGGGGGUUUGUUGGUCUCCCCAAGCAAUUGUCCAGUGUUCGUACCAGCGGAUCACACGGUCCCAGUGAGUGCGAAGCCGAAUUCGAUGCCCGCUACGAGGCGUUCUUCAAUCGGCCCGAUAUCGACCACUGGGAGGCACGCAAGGCAAUGAACGAUCUGCUCGGUAUGGAUCUGGUUCCGGAGCCAAAAAUAAUCAUCGCCGCGCUGAAGGCUUGCCGCAGACUGAAUGAUUACGCGCUGGCGAUCCGCUUCCUGGAGGCGGUCGGAGACCGCUGUGGCAACAAGAAGGCUGAAAUUUAUCCCUACCUGCUGCAGGAGAUUCGGCCAACGCUGUGCGAUUUGGGAAUCGAUACCCCGGAGGAACUGGGCUACGAUAAACCGGAGCUGGCGCUGAAAACGGCUUUCGAUGUUGAACCGUGAGAAAUUUGAAUCAAUAAA